AUGACCUCCCUACCGUUCCGAGACAUCAACGUCCACGCAUCAGCGUCGCACUAUGCCUUCACUUCGCCCUCGACACCAUCAGCGCCGACGUUGGUUGUCGACCGUCCCACCGGUGAUUUGCGAUUGAACGAUGGGGCAUUAUUGGGAGGGAAGCGCGUGUCCAGUAUCGCGGGCAUUCUAGGCAUGAUCAGGUUGCGACUGGACAAGUACAUCAUUGUGAUUACAAAGGCACAGCCCAUGGGACGGUUGAAGGGGCACAUGAUCUACAAAGUCAUUGCGACAGAAUUCCUGCCACUGCGCGAGCAGCCCCUCCAUGACCCAGACGAAGACACCUACCUAGCCUUGCUUAAGACUUUCAUUAAAUCGGGACCAAUGUACUUCUCAUACUCGUUCGACAUUACAAACACCUUCCAGAGACAGUCACAAUUGGAUCAAUCUCAGCCGCUAUGGAAGAGGGCCGAUGACAGGUUCUUCUGGAAUAGGUUCAUCCAGUCCGAUCUGAUUGAUUUCCGAAGUUCUGGAACCAGACAGCAUCAUGGCCACCAACCCGAUGUGGAUCCUUACAUCUUGCCGGUAAUGUUUGGGAUGCUUGAAAUUCAGACAACCCGGAUAAAUUCCACUCCUCUGACUCUCGUUCUCAUUACCCGGCGAUCGCGACAUCGAGCUGGUACGAGGUAUUUCUCGAGAGGCAUUGAUGAGCAAGGACACGUUUCCAACUUCAAUGAGACAGAACAGAUUGUUAUAUUGAAUGAUACCACAAGUGGCUUGGGCGGAUUUGCUGGCGGGGGUGGGAUGCAGAAUGGCAAGGUCGGUGGCUCGGGGGGUAAAGAAGUCCAGAUCAUGUCAUACGUCCAGACCAGGGGGAGUGUUCCUGUAUACUGGGCUGAGAUCAAUAACUUGAAGUACACACCGAAGCUCCAGAUUCGAGGAGUUGAGACUGCUGUUUCAGCAGCUAAGGCUCAUUUUGAUGAACAGAUUCGCCUCUAUGGGGACAACUACUUGGUCAAUCUGGUAAACCAGAAAGGCCGGGAGAAGCGGGUGAAGGAUGCCUACGAACAGAUGGUGAAACUUCUUGUCUCAUCACCCUCGGAGCGAACCCAGCAAGAUCAGUUGUCAGAUGAGAAAUUCCACGUGGUGGAGCCCAGCGGCCGACACCAGACAAUGGACAGACUCCAUUACGUGUAUUUUGACUUCCACAAUGAGACCAAAGGUCUUAAGUGGCAUCGGGCACAACUUUUGCUAGACCAGCUCAAUGAUGCUCUCGAGAAGCAACAAUACUUCCGUGGUGUCGACAUGCCAGCUGAUCUUGAAGGCCGUCUCGAGGUCCGCAAUCACCAAACUAGUGUCGUACGCACAAACUGUAUGGAUUGUCUUGACCGGACCAACGUCGUUCAAAGUAUGCUCGCGCGCUUCGCACUCAAUCGACAACUAGUCGACCUAGGUGUACUCCCCCGUGGCCAGACGUUUACUUCCGACGAAGACUUUGAGAUCCUCUUCCGCAAAUUAUGGGCCGACAACGCAGACGUGGUCUCAAGAUCCUACUCGGGCACUGGGGCACUCAAGACAGAUUUCACACGUACGGGCAAACGUACUAAGGCUGGUGCGCUCCAAGAUCUUCAGAACUCGAUCACAAGAUAUGCAAAGAAUAAUUUCAUGGAUGGACCGAAACAGGAUGCAUUCGAUCUCUUCCUUGGGGCGUAUCUGCCACGCGCAAAUCAAGUUUUCGUGGAUUCGAGGCCCCUGCUGGUUCAGAGCAUUCCUUAUAUCCUGGCAUUCAGCAUCUUCUUUGUCUUGGUAGGAACAUUCACAAGACAAUUGCCGGAUGCGGCAAUCCUACCUGUGAGGAUAUUUAUCCUGUUCUGGUUGGUGGUUGGUGGCUGGUGUUUGAAUUUCAUUUAUAGUAAUGGGAUGCUAUACGUGAAUUGGCCAAAACUCAAUCCGAGACCAUGGGCUACAGAGGGAUAUCAAGAGGCAAUUAGCAAUGUGAGGAAGGAUAAAGUGAUUGGAAACUUGGUGACUAGACACGAUAGGACACUCAGCACGGCCAGAUAUACAAAUGCGGAGGAGGGGAAGAAGAGGAUCGAGUAG